AUGGAUUUUUCAGACACCAAGAAGACUGACGUCUUGCACGUUGAAACAGUACCAACUAAGACUUGGGAUGAUCAAUCUGAUUCCGAAUUAAGAUUAGAAUCAACCUCUUCAGGCUUGGAUUAUGCUACCGACAAGCAUGGUAUGCCUAUUGAGGAAGACAUCUUCGUUACAAAGGAACAAAUUCCUGAUUCAUUAAAAGAUUUUACCACUGAACAAUUAGAAGAAUUAUCAAGAAAGACUCGUAAAAAGAUGGAUUUAAGAAUUUUAAUCAUGGUUUGUUGGAUUUAUAUUUGUAACUAUCUUGAUAGAACAAAUAUUGCCACAGCUAGAUUGGGUGGUUUGGAAGAAGAUUUAAAUAUUACUAACACCCAAUACCAAACUGCUAUCUCUAUUUUAUUUGUCGGUUAUAUCACUAUGCAAAUUCCAUGUAACAUUAUUUUGAAUCGUUUGGGUAGACCUUCUUUAUUCAUUACGGUUAUUAUGACUGCUUGGGGUAUUGUAUCUACUUGUACCGGUGCCGUCCAAGACUAUGGUGGAUUGUUAGCUGUUAGAAUUCUUUUGGGUUUCGUCGAAUCUGGUUUCUUUGGUUGUUGCUUGUACUACUUAUCAUGUUGGUAUACUAAAAAAGAAUUGGCCUUGAGAAACUCCAUCCUAUACUCUGGUUCUUUAAUUAGUGGUGCAUUCUCGGGUUUAAUUUCAGCUGGUAUCAUUGAAGGUAUGGAUGGUUUACAUGGUUUGAGAGCUUGGAGAUGGUGUUUCAUUAUCAUGGGUGCACUCACCUGUGGUACAGUUCCACUUGCAUAUGUUGUUUUACCUGAUAAUCCUUCAAACACUAAAUUUUUGUCACAACAAGAAAGAGAUAUUGUCAUGUGGAAGUUGAAGAUGGAUGUUGGUGACUCUGAUGAUGAUGAUGCUGUUUUGGGUGAUAGUAAAAACUCUUUUAUGUUCGCUAUGAAAUUGGCAUUGAAAGAUCUAAAGGUUUGGAUGAUUACUGGUUGUAUCUCUUUGUUGGUUGCCGCUGCAGGUGUCACUAACUUUUUCCCAUCUGUUGUUCAAACUUUGAACUUUUCAAGAAUUGUCACUUUAUGUCUUACAGCCCCACCUUAUUGUAUUGCCGUCUUUACUACUUUUAUUUGGGCUUGGCAUUCAGAUCGUACUGGGGAAAGAUUCUACCAUGUUGUUUUACCACUAUUGGUAGCUUUAAUGGCUUUUAUUAUUGCAGUUUCAACUUUAAAUACUGGUGCUCGUUAUUUUGCAAUGUGUUUGAUCCCAACUGGUUUGUAUUGCUCUUACACAAUUAUUAUUUCAUGGAUCUCGUUGAUCGUCCCAAGACCACCUCUAAAGAGAGCUAUUGCCAUUUCUAUCAUGAACUGUUUAGCCAACUCAACUUCUAUUUGGAAUCCAUAUCUAUAUCCAGAAGAGAAUGCACCACGUUAUGUCAUUGCAUUUUCUUGUAACUGUGGUUUUAUUGCUGGUUCCAUCGCUCUUGCAUGUGUCUUAAGAAUCUACUUAAGACGUUUGAACCAAAAGAUUGAUAAUGGUACCAUGAAUUGGUUCAGAGAAUUCGGUAACGAUGGUUCUCAUAUCAAGAGCUCAUUCAGAUACAUGGCUUAA